AUGCGCUUUGAAACUUUCAAAGAAGCAAAGGACUUCUACAACGUCUAUGCAAAGCACGCGGGUUUUGCUAUCAGGGAAGGCUCAAAGUUUAAGACUAGAGCCUACCUUUAUUGCACGUGCUAUGGAGUCUAUGAGUUGAAGGUGUCAGAAGCAAAUAGACAGCAGAACAAGACGACAUCCAGGACUAACUGCGGGGCUAAAAUGAGGCUGAAGAGGGAAAAUGAUGGAACACUUGUCGUAAAAGAGAUAGUCUGGGAACACAACCACAGGCUACAGCUCACCCCCCAAAUGCUUGUCUUCUUGCACUCCCACAAAAAAUUUGACAAAACAAUCUUGGAGUACGUCAAGUACAUGCAGUUCAAAGGCAUUGAACACACGCAAAUCAUGAGCAUACUGGGUAGCGAUGACCCCGGUAGCUACUUCCCCGAAAUGAAUGCCAAAGACCUGAUUAACCUCAAAGCAAAGAAUUCAAGGAUAGAUGAUGUGGACGAUGUCCUAAAGAUUGUCAACUUCUUUAGGGAGAUGAAAGCUAUAAACAGGGAACUCUUCUGUGACAUGCAACUCGAUGAGUCCGACAGAGUUAAGAACAUAUUCUGGGCGAAUGCAAGCUGCCGAGGGGCCUAUCAGGACUUUGGUGACUGCAUAACGUUUGACACCACAUAUAAGACCAACAAGUACCAUAUGCCACUUGGGGUGUUUGUCGAUAUUAACAACCACUUACAGACUACAUUCUUUGGUUUCACCCUGAUAAGAGAUGAGGAUGCAGAUUCAUUCAGAUGGAUGUUCAAGACAUUUUUAAGGUGCAUGAGAGGGAAGGCUCCUACAUGCAUCCUCACAGACAAGUGCCCGGCAAUGGCUUUGGCGAUCCCAGAUGCUUUCAAGAACACAGUACACAAGCUGUGCUGCUGGCACAUUAUAAAGAAGUACAGGGAACACCUCGCAUACCUGUACUACCUGUACAAAGAUUUUAAGGAUGAAUUCACAUCAAUCCUCAACUGGCCCCUCAUGCCAACUGAGUUUGAGGCUGCCUGGAAAAGACUCAUGGAUAAGUACAACCUCCGUGAUGAUGCCACGAUGGUGGCCAUGUGGAACGAGCGUGAGAGAUGGAUAUCAGCCUACUUCAAAGAAAUUUUCUGCGCCAAAAUGACAUCCACACAACGAAGUGAGAGCAUGAACUAUGUGCUUAAGAAGAACUUCAUAAGUGAGAGACAAAACCUACACCGGUUUGUCAGCCAGGUAAACUCCUGCGUCAAAACCAGGAGGCAGACAGAGAACCAGGAGACAAUGGGUAACAGGGUAUAG